GAAUGAAGAAUCUUGAAAGAAGCAAGAAGAAGCAAUUGCAAUGGAGAAGAGAGAGGCGAUCGACACGUGGCUUGAUAAGCACCGUUCGGUUUACACGGCGGCUACACGUCAUGCCUUCGUCGUCUCGAUCCGCGACGGAUCCGUUGAUCUCUCGUCCUUCAGAACUUGGCUGGGACAAGACUAUCUGUUCGUGAGAGAAUUCGUGCCGUUCGUAGCGAGUGUAUUGAUCAGAGCCGGCAAAGAAUCCGGCGAGAGUUCCGAUAUGGAAGUGGUGCUUGGUGGUAUGGCGUCGCUGAACGAUGAAAUCGAAUGGUUUAAAAGAGAAGGGUCGAAAUGGGAUGUUGAUUUCUCGACCGUUGUGCCCCAAAAAGCUAAUGAAGAAUAUCGCAGGUUUCUGGAAGCUCUGAUGAGUAGUGAGGUGAAGUAUUCAGUGAUUAUGACAGCUUUCUGGGCAAUCGAAGCAGUGUAUCAAGAGAGCUUUGCUCAUUGUUUAGAGGACGGGAACAAAACUCCGGUGGAGCUUACCGGAGCUUGUCAUCGGUGGGGCAAUGACGGGUUUAAACAGUAUUGUUCGUCUGUCAAGAACAUCGCCGAGCGUUGCCUGGAGAAUGCCUCCGACGAAGCUUUGGCCGAAGCUGAAGAUGUGCUUGUACGUGUUCUUGAACACGAGGUCGCGUUCUGGGAGAUGAGCCGUGGAGGAUAGUAGCAAAUGUUUGGGUUCAGUUUUUUUUUUUCUUUUCUCGUUUGCUUUCAGUUAAGAGAGAAACAAGUUUCAGUUUUUUAUGUAUGGGUGAUACACAAGUUGAGAUAAUGAUGCCAUAACACUGACUAAAUAGCUCCUAA